GGGAGCCCCCCGCCCCCGCAGGACAGGGAUUUCGGUGGUGUUAUAAGAGUGGGGGUGUCGCGGCGGUUUUGGGGUGCCAGGGGUGCCAGGGCGGUUCCGGGGUGCUAUGGCUGUCGCCCUCAUCCUCGCCCUCUUCCUCCUCCUCUGUGCAGAGGCCGAAGGCUCCUCCCCCUGCCAGGCACCUGGCCUGCAGACCAAGGUGUUCCAGUACCGGCUCUGGGAUGUGAACCAGAAGUCGCUGUACCUGCGGGAUGACCAACUGCUGGCCGGGCACCUCCAAGGGGCCAACGCCGCCCUGGAAGAGAAGGUGUUCUGGGUGCCCAACCGUGCCUUCGAGCCCACCCGGCUCCCCGUCAUCCUGGGCAUCCGCAACGGCACCCGCUGCCUUGCCAGCCACCCCAAAACUGGCACCACUCCGGCACUGCAGCUGCAGGCCGUGGACAUCCGGGAGCUGCCCCACACUGGGGAGGCCUCGGCCGCCUUCACCUUCUUCCGCUCCUACAAGGAUGGGCUGUGGCGCUUCGAGUCCGCUGCCAACCCUGGCUGGUUCCUCUGCACCUCUGCCCGGGGCCACCAGCCCCUGGCACUGUCCCGCAGCCACGAUACCACCCACCUGCUCGACUUCUACUUUCAGCUCUGCUGAGCCCCCUCUGGCACAGCCAUGGGGACACUCCCAACUGGGGACAGGGACAUCCUCAGCCUGAGACAGUGGCACCUCCCCCAGGAUAGUGCCAGCCUCUUGGGGAGGAUGACAUCCCUCCCAGGUUGGUGACAUCCUCACCCCGAGGAUGCUGCCAGCCCCCUGAUGAAGGUGACGUCCCAAUGGGGGAAAGUGACAUCCUCACUCCAGGGGAGGUGCCAUCCCCCCAGGAUGGUACCAUCCCCUUUGGAAGGGUGGCAUCCUCCCCAGGAGAGUGACGUCCUGGGGAUGGUGCCAGCCCCGUGGGGACGGUGCCAUCCUCACCCCCAGGAUGGUGCCGCCGUCCUCCCCCCUGCGCCAGCGAGGCAAUAAAGAUGCUCAGGCCAGA